GAUUGAGUGAUGGCAGCUUUCCCUGCAAGUUUCUCCGGCUGGAAGGCACGGAACCCCCGGAGAUCAAGUUAACCUGCAAGUUUAGCAAACUUCAUGUUUUUUUUUCUCUCAAGAAAAGAAAACAAGAAAAAUGCCUCCUAGCAACUCUAGUUGCUCCGAGACUCCGUCAAUCGACGGCGAACAGCUGCGGCGUUUAGGUACCGGAUUGAGAUCUCCGUCGCAGACCAACCCAUUCGAGCCAUUGCCUCGUACCCGCUCACCUUCUUGCUCCUCUUCGUCUCUAACCAACGGGUACCAUGCCACCUCAUCCGGGCAGAGGAGGACGGCGAAUAAGAAACAGUUGUCCCGGUGCCGGCCCUGGUCGAAGCUAGGGUUUCCUUUGCUGAUUGCGGCGGUUGUUCUAGCGAACUGGUGGAUGCUGUAUCGGAUCCAGGAUCCGGGUCACGCCAGUGGGAUCAAAUUCAAGCUCCUUAAAGCUAAUGCAUCUACUUUCCCAAUCCGGGAAGAACUCAUAAAGCUUGGUAAAGGAAAAAGACCACAGAAAACUAUAUAUGCACGGCUGCUGGCUAAGGCUGCUCAUGCUCUUGCUGAGCUAAAUAAUAAACCCGAGCCUAAAGACCUCUGGGCAGAACCCUAUGCUAUCGCUUCGACAUGGAAACCUUGUGCCGAGCAGCGUGACUGGAAACCAAGUGAUGGAAAUGCUGGCUACAUUAUGGUUACUGCAAAUGGUGGUAUAAAUCAGCAGAGAGUAGCUAUUUGCAAUGCUGUAGCUGUUGCAAGAUUGCUUAAUUCAACUCUCGUUCUUCCCAAAUUUCUGUAUAGCAGUGUGUGGAGAGAUGUCAGGUUAAAAUGUUCAUUCAUUUCUUAGUAUGUACCACCGGAAUGCUUCUUCUUCCCAAGGAGGUAGCUAAGUUUAAUAAGGUGUUUUCUUUGUAUUCGAUCUCUCAUUUAUUUAAAGAUAUGUUUUUAAAAUAAAAAAAAUUAAAGAUAUAUAUUAUCUUGCUUUCAUAGGAACAAGGUAUGCCUACACACACCCUGAACCCCACUUGUGGGACUUCACUAGGUAGGUUGUUGCAUCGAGUAUAGGCGGGUAAAAUUGGAAAUAUGUAAUGAAUGUUGUUUUGAUAAUGUAAAAUGAGUAAAUAACAACUCAUUUG